UUUUGCGCAUCCUCUUGCCAUUUUUGAUUGCUUUGUCUUCUGCUCAGGCAGAUGCUUUUUCUCCUUCACUCUAGCGUUUUCUCUGGUUUAUAACUUUAUUGGUUCAGGAUCCAUGGUAGCUUAUAAUAGCACGCGGCACCCCAGUGCCUUACUCACAAGCUAUAGAAACAACCAUUCUCACCUAUUGUGCUUGUGAAUAGUACGAAGUGUUAAAAAGAUAUUACCUCUCCAUAAACCUGACUUGAAAUUAAGUCCGAGUGGCUGGUUUAUUUGUAUUCUCAAGCAUAAGGUUCCCAACUUCUGUAUGCAUAUGGAAAAAUCCAAUCCAAGUCAAGUUUGAAUUCUAGUUUUGACUAGUGAAGGACUACAUUAUGGCUGACUUACCACCACAUUCCAUUGCCGUGACGUGCCUCCUCUUCUUGUAUUCUAGAAGAGCCACAUCUUAAGGCACGACUGUCAUACAUUAUCCUCAGACAUUUGCCUUUAUUCCUCUGUAUGUGUCUUUUGCCCAGCCCUCAUAUCACAGACAUCCUACCUCAAAGCAGGGCAACAGAAAAAAUUGGAGAAGCCACAAUGUUUUCAUUAUUCUAGCAUGAGACUUCCACGUUUGGAUUCUUGUCCCUUGACAUCACUUAGUCCAUUAUUGAAGGUUUUGCUUUUGUUUACAUGGAGGAUGAGAGAGAUGCAGAGGAUGCAAUUAGAAGACUUGAUAACAUUGAGUUCGGUAGAAAAGGGCGACGACUUCGUGUUGAGUGGACAAAGCAAGAACGUAGUGUGCGGAAGCCUGAAAACUCUAGGAGAUCUUCAUCUAACUUGAGGCCCUCAAAGACUUUGUUUGUUAUAAACUUUGAUCCUUAUCAUACAAGGACAAGGGACUUGGAGAGGCACUUUGAUCCAUAUGGGAAGAUAUUGAACAUAAGGAUUAGAAGGAAUUUCGCAUUUAUCCAGUUUGAAACACAGGAAGAUGCCAUCAAAGCUUUAGAAGCAACAAACAUGAGCAAGCUGAUGGACCGAGUUAUUUCAGUGGAAUAUGCUAUAAAAGAUGACGACGAAAGAAAAAGUGGAUACAGUCCUGAUUUGGUCCGUGAUAGGUCUCCGCGUAGGAGAAAUGAUGAUAGGGGAAGAUCUCCUAGCCCUUACAGGAGAGAACGGGGAAGUCCUGAUUAUGGCCAUGGUCAUGGUCGUAGCCCUAGUCCUUAUCGCAGAGAACGUGCCAGUCCUGAUUAUGGUCGUGGUGGUAGUGGUACUCCCAAUGGAAGGAUAAGAAAAUCUCAUGGCCGUGGAGGUAGUAGGAGUCCGAAUGGAAGGGAUAUGAAGGCUGACUAUGGUCGUGGGAGUAGGAGUCCUAUCAGAAGAGAGAGGAAAGCUGACUAUGGCCGUGGUGGCAGUCUAGAUGGAAGGGAAAGGAAAGCUGACUACCGCCGUGGUGGCAGUCCUGAUGGAAUGGAAAGGAAAGUUGACUACGAACGUGGUGGUAGUCCUGAUGAAAGAGAAAGGAAACUUGACUACGGCCAUGGUGGCAGUCCUGAUGGAAGGGAACGGAAAGUUGAUUCCCACCGUGGUGGCAGUCGUGAUGGAAGGGAAAGGAAAGCUGACUAUGGCCGUGGUUCAAGUCCUAAUGGUAGGGAAAGGAAAGUUGACUAUGGACGUGUUGGCAGUCCUAAUGUUAGAGAGAGGAAAUCUGACUACAGUUUUGAGAAGAGUCCAAGCCCACCAAAUGGUAAGGACCGAAUCUCCUAUGGCCGUCGGAGCAGCAUUAGUCCUGAAAGAGAGUUGGUUAGUCCUGACCUUGUUCAUAGUCCUAGCCCAAGAGAAAGGCUUAACCCUGAGUAUGAUAAUGGUCACAGUCCAAGCCCUCAAACAGAAAAAGUUAGUUUUGAUGAUUACAAUCGGGAGGCUAGCCCAGAUUACAAGCCUGAAAUGGGGGACAGUCCAGGAUACAGUGGAGGAGAGAGCCCUAUGCGGGACCACUGAGAAUAGUCAGCCACUUCUGGUACGGGUGAGGUUAUUUCUGGGUGAGAUAACAAAUUUGAUGCUAGCUUAAACUCAAAAUUGUUGUGUUUUGGCCGAAUCGAUGAAUGCUGUGUUCCAAUUUAAUGAUACAUUGGAAUAGAGCAGGAAAAAACCAUGACAAAGCAUCUGAGGGUUGAUGUUUCCAUCAAUAUUUUGGUUGUCUAGGUCAUCUGUCUUUCAUUUCUGUUGAUUAUGUAAACGAUUUUAACUUCUGUAUCUGAUAGACCUAUGCUGAACUCGCAACCAUUGUAUUAAAUGCUUAAUUAGCUGUCUAUCGUUUCUUUGCUCUAUGGUUGAAUAUACUUUGAAUUUUUUUAUUUUUUA